UAUAUACAUAAUUAUAUACAUAAUUUUUAAUCGCAGAGCGAAGAUGCCGGUCAAAAAACAUUGGCCAUGUUGGACCAUCAAGGGGAACAAUUGGAUCGCAUCGAGGAGGGAAUGGACCAGAUAAACGCCGAUAUGCGUGAAGCGGAAAAGAAUUUGACUGGAAUGGAGAAAUGCUGCGGAAUAUGCGUUUUACCUUGCAAUAAAGGGGCAUCGUUUAAAGAAGAUGAAGGCACUUGGAAGGGAAAUGAUGAUGGCAAAGUUGUUAAUAAUCAACCUCAAAGAGUUAUGGACGACCGCAAUGGUUUGGGACCACAAGCUGGUUAUAUUGGAAGAAUAACGAAUGAUGCUCGAGAGGAUGAAAUGGAAGACAAUAUGGGUCAAGUCAACACGAUGAUUGGAAACUUGCGGAACAUGGCCAUUGACAUGGGAUCAGAAUUGGAGAACCAGAAUAGGCAGAUUGACCGCGUCAACCGCAAGGGCAAAGACAACGAAUGGCGUGUGGCUGAUGCAAGAAAAAGAACCGACGAGUUACUCAAAUCAUGAUAAGGAUGAUUUUGAUCAUGAUCAGCAAUUUAUAGUGAAGACGAUAAUUCAGGCCCAAAUUUUUC